AUGUCGGCUCAAGCUACCAACAGCGCUGCUGGUGAGGCCGGUGCUGGUGCCGCCGCCGCCGCCGCCCCUCAGAAACCGUUCCAGACCAAGCUUGUUCUUCUCGGCGAGGCUGCGGUCGGGAAGUCGUCCGUGGUUCUCCGAUUCGUCCAGAAUGACUUCCAGGAGAACAAGGAGCCCACGAUCGGCGCUGCUUUCCUGACUCAAAAAUGUCGACUGGAAGACCGUCUGAUCAAGUUUGAAAUCUGGGACACAGCGGGACAGGAACGCUUCCACUCGCUAGCUCCCAUGUACUACCGCAACGCGCAGGCCUCGGCGGUGAUUUACGAUGUUACCAAGGCGAGCUCGUUUGAGAAGGCCAAAUCGUGGGUCAAGGAGCUGCAGCGUCAGGCCAACCCGAACAUUGUGAUCGCGCUCGUCGGCAACAAGAUCGACCUGCUCAACGAGGCUUCCUCUUCCUCGUCGGCAGCUGCUGACGAGACCGCCGAGGAGGAGGACGAUGAUGACGAGACGGCUACCACAACACCGGAAGCGUCUGCUGGAAACUCGUUGCGCGCGGUGCCCAAGGACGAGGCUGAAGCAUAUGCCAAGGAGGCUGGUCUCUUGUUCUUCGAGACGUCGGCCAAGACGGGCGAAGGCGUGGUCGAAGUGUUUACCGAGAUCGCAAAGAAGAUUCCGAUUGACUUGCACCUUGCCAGGAACGCUGCUGCCGGUGCAGCGGGAGCGGCUGGCAACGGCGGUCGACAGGCGAGCGGGGGUCAGGCGGGCGGCGUCGACCUUCAGAACAACCAGCAGGGCAACAGGAAGGAUGCUUGCAACUGCUGA